AUCAUAUAUAAUUCUGCUAUCGAAUCUGAAUCAAACAUUUUAUUUAAUUAAUUUAGUACGUGUGUGUGAGUAUUGUUUUUUUUUAUUUUUAUUUUUAUCUUUUGAUAUGAAGCCAAUAGCAACAAAAACCACUAUAUUAACCACACCUUCAAACCUUACUUCACAACCACCUCUCGAUCCACCCGCUUCAGCUCCAGCUCCAGCUCCAACUAGUGAUCAUGUUACCGCGAAAGGUGGCGGCACUGAUGCCCUAACGGCCGUAAAAGCUAUCUCACCUGAUUCACCGGCGAAGACUUCUGUUGAAGUUAAUGCUGACGGUGCUGAUCAGAAAUCAAAGAACACAGCCAACAAAGAAUCAGCAACUGCAAUGGGACAACAUAAUGAGGUAGAAUAUAUUGGAAUGAAUGAAACCCCAUCUCCAACAGGUGCUCCUAAUAACAACAAUAUUAAAAGGGUUUCAAUUAUACCUCUUAUAUUUCUCAUAUUUUAUGAGGUUUCUGGGGGACCUUUCGGUGUUGAGGAUAGUGUUCAGGCCGCUGGUCCCCUGUUAGCCCUCAUUGGGUUUUUGGUAUUCCCGUUUAUAUGGAGCGUACCUGAAGCUUUAAUAACUGCUGAAAUGGGUACAAUGUUUCCUGAAGAUGGUGGUUAUGUUGUUUGGGUUUCAUCUGCUUUAGGUCCUUAUUGGGGGUUUCAACAAGGUUGGAUGAAAUGGCUUAGUGGUGUCAUAGACAAUGCAUUAUACCCUGUUCUGUUUCUUGAUUAUUUGAAGUCAGGAAUUCCGGUUUUAGCAGAUGGGUAUCCACGUGUUUUAGCGGUUUUAGCCUUGACUAUUGCCCUUACAUACAUGAACUUCAGAGGGUUAACUAUUGUAGGGUGGGUUGCUGUUCUGUUAGGGAUAUUUUCUUUAGUUCCUUUUGUAAUUAUGGGUCUUAUUUCGAUUCCUAAAAUUGAGCCUGCAAGAUGGUUAGUGGUGGAUGUGCAUGUUGUGGACUGGAACUUAUACUUAAACACACUGUUUUGGAAUCUUAAUUAUUGGGACUCCAUAAGUACACUUGCUGGUGAGGUUGAUAACCCAAGAAAAACUCUCCCAAAAGCUUUGUUCUAUGCGUUGAUCCUAGUCGUUUCAGGCUACUUUUUCCCUCUUUUAAUGGGCACCGGUGCAGUCCCUCUGCACCGUGACCAAUGGACUGAUGGCUAUUUCUCAGAUGUGGCUAAAUUGGUUGGCGGUGUAUGGCUGAGAUGGUGGAUACAGGCAGGUGCUGCCAUGUCAAACAUGGGAAUGUUUGUCACGGAAAUGAGUAGUGACUCAUUCCAACUUCUUGGUAUGGCUGAAAGGGGUAUGAUCCCUGAGUUUUUUGCUAAGCGGUCUCGCCACGGGACUCCUUCAAUCGGGAUAUUAUUCUCAGCUUCUGGUGUAAUCUUGCUUUCAUGGUUAAGUUUUCAAGAGAUAGUGGCUGCUGAAAACUUUUUAUACUGUUUUGGGAUGAUUUUGGAGUUUAUAGCUUUUGUAAGGUUAAGAAUGAAGUAUCCCGCUGCAUCAAGGCCUUACAAGAUACCCGUGGGUACUGUUGGAUCUGUUCUUUUGUGCAUUCCUCCGACGAUAUUGAUUUGUGUCGUGUUGGCCCUUUCUUCGCUCAAGGUCAUGGUCGUUAGUGUUAUUGCUAUAUUUAUCGGGCUAGUGUUGCAGCCAUUUCUCAAGUAUACUGAGAAGAAAAGAUGGAUCAAAUUCUCAACUAGUGCUGAUCUUCCCGACCUAUAUAAUGCUCAUGAGCAUUCAGAAUCUUUAGUCUAUUAGUAACAUGGAGUUGGUGUUGAUGUGGGUGUGUUUUCAAGUGAAUGCUUAGUUAUGGGUUUGGUGUGAUGGUAGGUCGUCGAUGGUUUGCAGGUGGUUUUUCUUUAGUAUUACCUUGGCCUUUUGUAACAGAAAAGCUUCAUUAAUAUAUGAUUGUUUUCAACAUGUUCUUUUACUCUGUUGGAAACUAGUUACACAAAACCUGGUUACGGGUUAGCUAAGUUGUAUUUUAAAAUAUGAUUCAUAUGUUAUGAAUGUGGAAAUAUGACAAGAGAAAAGAAUCUUCAGUUCUCUAUUGUUUGUUAUCA